GGGCGCUGGUUGGCUAGAGCGGCCAUCAGUUAGGGACCAGGCCUUGAUAAUCCGUCCCCGAGCUCCGAGGGGGCGGGUUCGGGUGCGGGCGCGGCGGGGGCUGCUGCUUCAGAAUCUGACCAGAUGAAUUUUUAAUGAGCCCAUGAAGGACUUCCAACUCUCGCCUUCCCCUUCUGAAGGUUCACAGCACAUCCUUUUGAGCAUCAUUUCCAAUUUUGCCUGGGGGACUGACGAAACUCAGCAGGGUGUGUCUGACAGCUACUCCAGAAAACAUGGCCAAGUUUGCCCUGAAUCAGAACCUGCCUGACCUGGGCGGCCCUCGCCUGGGCCCUGGCCCCACCGCGGGCGCCCGCAGCCCGAGCUCGCCCUACUCAGUGGAGACACCCUAUGGCUUCCACCUCGACCUGGACUUCCUCAAGUACGUGGAGGAGCUGGAGCGCGGCUCCGCCACCCGCCGUGCCCCGGGCCCGCUGCCUGCGCGCCGCCCCAGAGCACCCCGGGCUGGCCUCGCAGGCGCGCGCAGCCCAGGCGCCUGGACGUCCAGCGAGUCCCUGGCUAGUGACGAUGGGGGAGCAUCGGGCGCGCUCUCCCCGGGCGCACCCUCGGGGCUCCUGCGGCAGCCGCUGUCGCCGCGCGUGCCCGUGCGGAACCCGCGCGUCGAGCACACGCUUCUGGAGACGAGCCGGCGGCUGGAGCUCGCGCAGGCGCACGAGGGCGCGCCCAGCCCCGCCCGCGCCGUCCCGCGCAGCCCGCGUGGGUCGGGCCGCAGCAGCCCCGCCUCCAACCCCGCCCUCGCUUCUCCCGGUCCCGCGCAACUGCAGCUGGUGCGCGAGCAGAUGGCCGCGGCUCUGCGGCGCCUGCGCGAGCUCGAGGAACAGGCGCGCGCGCUGCCAGAGCUGCAGGAGCAGGUGCGCGCGCUGCGCGCCGAGAAGGCUCGGCUGCUGGCUGGGCGCGGGCAGCCGGAGCCCGACGGGGAGGCCGAGGCGCGCCCCGACAAGCUAGCUCAGCUGCGGCGGCUCACCGAACGCUUGGCCACCUCCGAGCGCGGUGUUCGCGCCAAGGCCAGCCCGUGGGCCGAUGGCCCCGACGGGCCGGCUUCCAGGCGCAGUGAGGGCACGCUCGAGGUCCCCGAUGAGGUGGCCGGGACGCCCGACGGGGCGCCGCAGACGCAGGAGGCUGGCGCCCAGGCCGUGCCGGAGACCCAGGACGCUAGGGCCCAGGCAGUGCCGGAGACCCGGGAGGCCGGCGUGGAGGCGGCCCCCGAGACCCUCGAGGCAGACGCGUGGGUGACCGAGGCGCUGCUGGGGUUGCCCGCCGCCGCCGAGCGCGAGCUGGAGCUGCUGCGAGCCAGCCUGGAGCACCAGCGCGGGGUGAGCGAGCUCCUGCGCUCCCGGCUGCGCGAGCUGGAGGAGGCCCGCGAGGCUGCCGAGGAGGAAGAGGCGGCAGCGGCAGCCCGGCCCCAGCCGCGCGAUGCAGCCACCCAGACCCCGUGGGGUUGUGCCGCGAAGGCCACACAGACCGAGAUCCCCGCGGAGGCUCCUCCCCUGACCCAGGAGAACCCGUCAGGACCUGCGGAUGGGGACAGAGUCGCGGCCCCCGCGGGCACCCUCAAAUCCAUCAUGAAGAGGAGAGAUGCUACACCUGGCGCCCAACCCAGCCCCGGACCCAAGAGCCUGCAGUUUGUUGGGGUCCUCAACGGAGAGUAUGAGAGCUCUUCCAGCGAGGACGACGACAGCGACAGCGAGGACGGUGCUGCCGAUCCUCCAAAGAGCAGUUCCUCCGGCUCCGGGGACGACAGCGGCAGGGAAGUCCCGGACCCCGAGCCCGAGCCGGAGGCAGAACCUCAGCCGGGUGCGCAGGGGAGGUGCGAGCUGAGCCCGCGUUUGAGGGAGGCGUGCGCAGCGCUGCACCGGCAGCUGAGCCGGCCGCGCGGAGUCGCCCGCGACGGCGGCGCGGCGCGCAUAGUGGCCCAGGAGUGGUUUCGGGUGUCGAGCCAGCGGCGCUCUCAGGCGGAGCCCGUGGCUGGGGUGCUGGGCGCCGUGGCGCGCCUGGGACCCGAGCUGCUGGCCCACGUGGUGAACCUGGCGGAUGGCAACGGGAACACAGCCCUGCACUACAGCGUGUCCCAUGGGAACCUGGCCAUCUCGAACUUGCUGCUGGACACCGGGGUCUGCGAGGUCGACCGCCAGAAUCGGGCAGGCUACUCAGCCCUCAUGCUGGCCGCGCUCACCUCUGUGGGGCGAGAAGAGGACACGGCUGUGGUUCAGAGGCUCUUCCACAUGGGCAAUGUUAACGCCAAGGCCAGCCAGACAGGACAGACAGCCCUUAUGCUGGCUAUCAGCCAUGGCCGCCAGGACAUGGUGGCGGCCCUGCUGGCCUGUGGGGCAGACGUGAACGCACAGGAUGCAGACGGGGCCACAGCACUGAUGUGCGCCAGUGAGUACGGGCGCCUGGACACCGUCCGCUUGCUGUUGGCCCAGCCGGGCUGCGACCCGGCCCUCCUGGACAACGAGGGCACCAGUGCCCUGGCCAUUGCCCUGGAGGCCGAGCAGGAGGAGGUAGCUGCCCUGCUGCAUGCCCACCUGAGCUCCGGGCAGCUGGACUCCCCGUCACCCCUUGACGCCCCCGCGGCUGUGCCUGGUGAAGGAGAAUGCAGUGACCACAGAGAAGACCCUCAGCCACAGUGAACGGCCUGGCACCCUGGACCUGGACUGGGUGCAGGGCGGAUCUUUCCUUUCUUCACCCCAGCCCAUGGGGGCACAGCAGGGGCCAGGGUUUGCUAUCCAGAUGCUAGCCCUGGGCCAAAAGAAAGGCUUGGAUGGUCCGUGUUCCGGAGGGGCUCACCUUGGACCAGCAGGAUGAGACGGGCUGAAUGAAAAGUGACAAGGCCCCCGAGUCCACCCACUCACAGAAUAAAACAUUACUAACUCAGCUUGUGUCUUGUUUUGGGGACACAAGCACAUAGCUCCCACACCCCAAGUCUUCAGAGAACAAAGGCAGGGAGAGGCCCCCACUGGAGAGUUUUGUAAGUCCAGUGACAGCCCAAACGAGAACCCAAAUUUACGUACAACAUAAACGCUUUAUUAACAAUCGCAGAUCCAUCCCCGUGAGACAAGUGGUCGACCCAGACAGCCUGGACCCUGUAAACAGACCCAAACAUUAGAUACUGAUGGGGUACCCAGCAACUGAUAAAAUCCCUGCCUCCCUCCCCGGCCUUGCAAAUCUCAGAUCAUUGUACACCCCCCCACCCUGAGACCCUCACCCGUGGAUUUGGUGAAGCCUUCCUGCUACCAACAAGGGUCUAAUGGGUUUGCUGCUUCCCAUCCCAGUGCUGCACUCACCAGCCACAAGUUCAGCGCAACCUCCGAGCUUCUCGCUCUGACUCCAAGAGGGUGAGCACGUCGCCCUCACGCACAGGGCCUUUCACGUUGCGGAUGAUGGAGCGGCUCGUGUCGUCCAUGAACUCCACACGCACCUACGGGGCCCACCAGAGGGACGCGGAGUUAGGACAAGUCAGGGAUGGGCACCGCGUGGUAGGCAGCAGACUUCAAUACAAGAGGGCGUGUUGGGACCAACCCGGAGACACUUAGAGGACUAGGGAACUGCGUCUGGCAGGCAGAGCUGAGCCAGGACAGAAGCCGAAGAAAGUCAAGACGUGGAGAACAAAGUUCUCGAGAGACUAAAACAGUAGGAACAGCUGUAGCUCAAGUCCUGCUCGGGGCGGGGAGUACACUCAGAAGGGCAUGGAGCCACAAAGAGCUCGCUGAGACGGCCCAAGAAAGAGGAACGUCGGAACCCGGAGAAUGAGGUUGACGGAGCUCAGACGUGGUGGGCAAGGCCCUAGUGAGGGCUCGGACGCUCCGGGAGCCCUUGGGAUACAAGGGACUUCUGAUCUCAGAGUCCAGCCGGCUUGGCAAUCAUCAGGGCUCAGCCCGGGGCGCCCCCACCCGCGCUCGCUCACCUGCGUGCACUGUCCCUGCGAGCCGGUCCUGCCCAGCACCUUGGUGACCUGGCGGAAAGAAACUGGGAUCAGACCUGCCUAGCCCUUUCCCCAUCCCAUCUUUCUUCCCCCGGGUCCCCAAAUCAGGACCCCCACCUCACCCUGGCCAGUUUGAUGGGCUGCACACGGCUCGUGUCCAUGAUGGCGGCGCGGCGGCGGUCGGGCGGAGAGGGGUCACGUGCUCCGAGAAGAGCCUUUAUACUACAUAGUAGCCCCGCCCACUCCAGCCCUCGCGAGACCUGGAGGGUUUUCCCAGCAGCCCCCACGGUAGAGACGUCACCGGCGCCCUUCAGCGCAGACGGAAGAUGGCGUCCGCUACCCGCUUCAUCCAGCGGCUGCGGAACUGGGCGUCCGGGCAAGACUUGCAGGCGAAGUUGCAGCUGCGCUACCAGGAGAUCUCCAAGCGCUCACCUGCCGCUGCCACUGAGAAGAAGGCCGUGUCGCCGGCUCCUCCCAUAAAGAGGUGGGAGCUGUCCAAGGACCAGCCUUACCUGUGACUGCACCCUGGGGCACCUGGCCCGGCCCUCAGGGCCACCUGAGGGCUUCCCCUCCUUGUAUUCCCUCCGGGGAGACCGGGACCUAAUUUAUGAUAAAUACACCCUGCUCUCCGGUGUCA